AUGCCCGACGAUACAGGUCCGAACGACCAACCAAACAUCAACAACAACGCCAAAGGUCACAACCACUCGAGUUGCAGAAAUCCGGCUGGCGAACUUUUCGGAUCGCUCGACUCUACAACCGCGAUGGUGCAGGCUUGUGUCUCGUCGCGCAAGCAAAACAAAGCCGAGCGCCGCGCACAAGGUCGAGGCAGAGACGGAUCUAAAGGAUAG